GGCGAAUCACUGUGAGAAUUAGUUUAAGAGACACCACCAUUACGGAAACAUCUCUAUCUCUCAAAUGGAGAUAAAAAGUAAUAUAAAAAUGAAAUUUAUAAUUUUCUGUGUACUUCCUUGUUUAGUUAGUGCAGCUAAUAUACUUGUGCUCGAGACUACAGCAUCCCCCAGCCAUCACAUUUGGAUGAAAACACUCUUAUUAGCUCUUGCUGAGAAGAACCACAAUAUAACUUCCAUUUCUGCUGAUUUUGAUGUUGGGCAGAGUCCAAAUCUUCACUAUCUUCAUCUGGAUAAGGUUUAUGAAGUGCUCUAUGAUGAAACCAGUGAAGAUCAUUCCCAGAAUCUUGAUUUCUUUGCCAUGGGAGAAAUGAAUCCUUAUCUUGCGUAUUACAAUUUUGUAAGCUACAUGGCUCAGAACGUAAUAGGUUGUGUCAAAUCUACCGGUUAUCAACAGCUUCUAAAUUAUCCAGAUGACUUCAAGUUUGACUUGAUAAUAUACGACUUCAUAGCAGGACCUGUGCUUCUAAAUUUUGUUGAAAAGUUCGGAAAUCCGCCAAUUAUAGCUGCCACAGCAUUUUUUUCAUCAAAUUAUGCAAGCAAAAUUACUGGUGGCAUCUUAACACCUGCCUUUGUACCAUAUCCGCUUGUUAACAUGGAUUUAAGCAGUUUUUGGGGUCGAACAAAUAAUUUCCUAAUCUUUUUACUCGAUUACUUAGUACGAGAGUAUUAUAUUGGAUAUAAAAUCAAUUAUCAUGUGAAGAAUGAUUUUGCUACUGGUAAGGAUGUUCGCGAUAUUGAAAAACAGAUCAAAUUGGUUUUUCUAAACAAACAUCCGGCUCUGGAUAUGAUUGAACCUCUGAUGCCAAAUACUAUUCAACUUGGAGGACUUCAAAUCCAAAGAAACAAGGGUCUUCCCAAAGAUCUUCAAGAAAUAUUGGAUAAUGCAAAAAAUGGAGCGAUUCUCUUUUCUUUAGGAACAAAUGUUAAAAGCGAAAUGCUAGGAGAUGAUCGUAUUACAGAAAUCCUUGAAACCUUCAGAUCUCUACCUCAGUACACCUUUAUCUGGAAAUUUGAAGCAGACUCAUUGCCAGUAGAAGUCCCUUCUAAUGUUAUCAUUCGAAAGUUUGUACCCCAGAGUGAUCUCUUAGAACAUCCCAAUCUUAAACUUUUCAUCAGUCACUGUGGACUUCUCAGUACUCAAGAAGCUGUUUGGUUUGGCGUACCUAUUCUUGGACUACCCGUAUUUGCCGAUCAAUUCUAUAACCUAGAACUUAGUGUAAGAAAUGGAGUUGCCGAAAAAGGAAAUCUCGGGAAUAUCAAUCGAAAUUCAUUUAAACAAUUAAUUGAAAAAAUGAUUAAUGAUCCAAAAUAUCGAAACAAUGCAAAAACUCGUUCAAAUGUUUUUCGGGACCAGAAAGAGACACCACUUGAAAGAGGAGUUUGGUGGACCGAAUAUGUAUUAAGACAUCCAAAUAUGACUUUCAUGAGCUCUCCAUCGUUGAAUCUUGGAUUAACUCAGAGACACUCAUGGGAUGUCGUAGCUUUUAUAACUUCAAUAUUUAUUUUUUCUGUAUAUGUAAUUCUGAAAAUUUGCUGCCUUUCCUUUCGGACUUGCUUGAGGAAAAGGUCCCAAAAAUCAAAGACGGAAUAGUGAAAUUUGUACAAUGUAUAGUAGAUUCAAUAAAAAAUAUAAAUAAAGGAAUUUAAAAAUUGA